GAAUGCACAGCUGCACAACUUCGAUAUUAGUUCCUCGUUUUCGGAUUGGCCAUCUAGGCCCCGGGGUACUGUGCGUUGGUUAUAAACAUUGUCAAGGUUAAGUUCAUUUGGUUGCAUUAAAUCACGAAAAAUUUAUAUUUGUAAUUGUCCUAUUUGUCUUUUAUAAAACCGGUUUUAUAAAACCAAAAGAAUAAAUACUAUUUUCAGUCAUGGCAGAAGUCAGUAAUGCUCAGAUCAUCGCAAUACCUGAUGAUGUUUGUAGAAGAGCUGGCUUGGCCGCAACUUGGAUUGGACCGAAUAAAAUUGGAGUUCAUGCUUACAAACAUGUUAAUACACACUCAAAAGAUACUGCAAGUAGUUUUGCACCGUGUGAAGCAAAAGUUCACUGUUUACGGCAAGAAGUGAUUUUGUUUAAGCCAGCUUUGCGAAAGCUUGUUAAUGAAAGUAACGGAGUAUUUCUUGCUAUUCAAAAAAUGAAGAGUUCCACAGGAAAUGUCAGACCUGAGCUCUUAAAAUACAGCAAACAUUAUAGGUCUAUUUUGAGAGCUUGUGUUGAAAAUUUGCAAGAUAUCGUAGAGAAAUCAACCCUGGAUAACAAAUCAACAUUUGAAAAUUAUUUGACUAUUUUCUAUAAUGUUGAGUGCGUUUGGCAUCUUACUGAAAUAUUGUACAUCGAUGUUGUUCCAGGGGAUGUGAUAGUGCCACAACUGCUUGAGUGGGUAAGAUUUCAUUUUCCAUCCAGAGAAUUGAUGGCUACAGAAAUCCUAGUCAAAAAAAAAAUUUGUGCCGAAUUGGACAAUAUCUAUUACUGGGAAGCGGUGAUAGGAUGUGCCCUGCAUGGUAAACUCGAGACUGUACGAUCCUUGUUUGCUUUACACAGCAAAGCGGAUAGCCCUGCGUUUAAUGCUGCGGAAAAUACGCUGCGAACAAUGCCGGUAUAUAACGUCUAUGGUGGAUAUUCCAUUAAUGAGUUUAAUAUGAGAUGGAAGCACUGGCAGCUUGAUUUAUCUUCUCGUAUAGAAAGCAAGACAUUUUCCAGUGAUCGUAACUUGGAGUUGAUCAUGAGGCUGGUUGUUGGAGAAGAAUCCGUACUAUGGGAAUUUUCCAAGUACACAGAAGCAUGGUAUGAAUUAUUGGCUGCUCGUUUGUUUUAUUCAGCACCAUGUAGCAAGCAGCCUGAACUUGCAAGACUCGCAAAUCAAAUUGCAGAAAAAUCUAAAGCUGGUAGACACCUAGACCACGUUAUUUUAGCUUUGAUGGAAAGUGAUUUACAUCAAGUAAUCAAGGAAAUUCAACACAUGAGCGACAAUGGAUGGUUCGCUGCUCACCUAACAAACUUACUAUACAAUUGCGGAAGAUUGGACAUUAUGGACAAACACCAGAUGAACGUUACUUCACAGCUUCACGAGUCACUAAUAUUAGAUUAUGCUACUACCUUGAUGGGCCAUCAUUCUUUAUGGCAAUGUGGUGCAAGCUACUUUGAGCACUGCCCUACUCAAGGACUGACUAGAUUGCAGACUCUAUUACAAUCAAUUCCUCUAGGUAGUGAAGCUCGUGUGAAUAAAAUCAUUGACAUUGCUUGUGAGAAGAAUAUGAACAAUGUUGUGAUCAGCAUUUGUAAAAUACAAGGAAUGAAAUGCAUCAGACAAGGCAGACUAGGAAAUGCACUUGGCUGGGCAUUGAAAGCACAAGACGGAGCUUUUGCUACCUAUGUCGCAGACCAAUUUUUACAAAAUUAUGCCGAUACGGGCGAACUUCAAUGUCAAGAUCUCCUCGAAAAUUUAGGAAACUGUAUGCUGAUUAGCGAUAGGCUGACUUUCCUUGGUAAAUAUUGCGAAUUUCAUCAACUAUAUGGACUAGGCGAAUUCAAAGAUGCAGCAAUUCUACUAGUGUCUUUGCUGGUGUCUAAUUUGACACCUAGAUACUUUUGGACAAUUCUUUUGAUUGAUGCGAUUCCUCUUCUGGAAGCAGAAGAUGUAAUAUUAUCAUCUGAUGACACGUAUGAGCUUUUGCAAAGCGUCGAGGAACACGGUGACGAUCCAAAAUUUAAAGACAAAAUUGAGGUGUUCCGAUUAGCAGCUGCGAGAAAUUUAGCCCGGGCAUUGAACCACGAAGGGUGUGAAAUAGACUAUUGAAAAUUUCGUCAUUGCUGGUCUGGAGUUGGCCCUAUAGUGAGUGUACUUCUGAAACAUCUGUCUUGAGUAUUCCAGCUUUUCAUAAUUUAUAAGAUACUUUUUUAACAUUGUUCUAAUAGAUUUGUAAUAAAAAUUCAGAUCUAUAACUA